AUGGACCCAAACAAUAUAAAUCCACACGAAGUGGAAUUAAGAGAGCAAGAUCGUUGGUUACCGAUAGCCAACGUAGCUCGUCUUAUGAAGAAUACGCUUCCCCAGACUGCCAAGGUUUCGAAAGAUGCAAAGGAAUGCAUGCAAGAAUGUGUCUCUGAAUUUAUUUCAUUUGUUACUAGUGAAGCGAGUGAUAAAUGCCUCAAAGAGAAGCGUAAAACGAUUAAUGGAGAAGACAUAUUGUACUCGAUGCAUGACUUGGGGUUUGAGAAUUAUGCAGAAGUGUUGAAGAUUUACUUGGCCAAGUAUAGGGAACAACAAGCGUUAAAGCAAGAACGGAAUGAAACUAAACCCUCGAAGAGACAACGGAAAGCUGCAUCUGUUACAGAACCUUUAUCACAUACCACUUCUAAUACUCAGGAUGAGCAUUCUCCGGCGGGGUCUUCGUUGCGGGAACACCUUCACGGACUCAAGCAGGAAGAUAUCGACAACCAUCAAUAUAUGGGGACACAGGAACCAAAUCUGCAUCAGAUCACCGGACAUGAGGCAAACAAUAAUGGAAUAUUAGGUUCGAACUCAUCCUCUGAUAGUUCAAUAGGAUCGCCCGAAUCAUUUUUCAAUCAUUACGAAUCAAAUGGACAAGAAAAUGAAGCGGGCAAUGGUGGUUUGAACGGACAUGAUAAGGAAAUAAAACAUGAAGAAAGGAAUACAGAUCCAAAUCAUAAAGAUGAAGGAUAUGGAUACGAAGAUUUUAUCAAUGAUCCUAAUGAAGAGCAAAUAGGACAUCACCAGCAUAUCGAUGAGUUAACGAAGCUUACUAAUGAAGAACCGGAUAUCGAUACUUUAACGGCUGGGAUCACAAAUGGCAAUUCGAAUAAUGCCUAUUUCUGA